UUCCUGACUGCGCAGUCAAAUUCCGAAAGCAAAAAAAAGAGGCGACUCGUGCAAAAAUAUUGUAGCCUCUCCCCACAGCUGUAGUGCGUAUGUUUUCGUACAUCGAUCGCCAAAACGCAUAUUAUCUGUUGGACCGUAUUGUGGUAGAUUGUAUCGACAAAGUUUUCGCUACAGGCAAAAAGCAACUCUCAUCGUAAGCGAUAAAGAUAACGCCACCGUGUACGUCGCUCAGCUCAGUAGAAGUGUGCCCGAGAAGACACAAACAAAAGGCUGUCCAACUGUUGUGAUUAGCACGCAGGAAGUGGAAUCAAAUUUGGAAUUGCCAACCUCUGUCCCAAACGUUGCUGCUCGCCAGUGUGUCGUCAUAAUUUGUUGUUUUGUGUGCCGCUGACGUCGGCAUCAUCAUCUGGUGCAAUCGAACAAAGCUCGAUAUCGAUUCGAUCCGAAAUCAACAAAGCGUGUGUGUUUUCGCCUGUGUGCGUGUGUGUGUAUGUGGCCCCAAAAUUUCCUCAUCCCAUCUUGAGCACACUUUCUCCCGUACGUCGUCUUCCCUGCCGUACUUUUCCGGAAACAUUUUUGCGCGACUCGGCAGCGAAAAGUGCAGCCAGCGUGUCAAUCGUAGUGAGCGUUGCGUGCGUGUGAGCCCGCGUGCUGUUGCAUGUUGUUGACGGCAACAUGUCGUAUCGCAUUCUGCGCAAGCUGCAGGGCAAUGCAGAGCUGGAGAUAAAGGAACAGAUCGAUGAGGUGUCGGAUGGUGGCGAUGCCGAUUACGACACCAACAGCACCAGCAGUCAGAACCGCAACAACAGCAAGAAGCAACUCAACAUCAAUCGAUACGAUCUGCUAAACCAGCAACAGUCGCUCUCCGAAAGCGAGGUAAAGGAGGACGAUAACGAUGAAACGGAAAAGGACAUAGCGGAUGGGCCGGUCAGCAUGCAUCUGGCCGGGGAGGCAAAGAAGCGCAAGAAGAAGAAGAAGAAGAAGACGGGCAAAUACAUCUCCAGCUCGGCACGGCGCAGCAGCGAGGACAAUGCCGACAUUGAGGAUGAGUUUACGCGCACGGUAAAGGAGGUGGACAAGCUGUUUGGCAAUUUCCCGCGUGAUUCGGAUCAACACCAUCAUCAUCACCAUCAUCACCAUCCGCACCACCACCAGCAUGCUGAAAGGGUGAUCGGUGGUGAUGGGAAGCCGGUAGGGGGACCGGUGGUUUCCGGGCUGUCCGCCAAAUCGUUGCUGAACGUGCAGCAUAAAAAUCUGAACCCGCAGUACGAGAUGAAGCGCAUGUUCGGCAGCAAGGUCGUCGGAGAUCAACAGAACAAACGACGCAAUGCUCGCGGUGCAUCACGGCUGCAAAAAUCCACCUACCUGGUGAACCCGAAAGACUCCUGGCCUCCGGUCGGCAAGUCCGGCAUCUACAUGAACCUGGUGCAGGUACCGGACCCGACCACCUCCACGUCCGCCACCGGUCCGAAAGCGAUCUUCGACAAGAACGUCAUCUACUUCGCGUUCGAGCACAGUCCCUCGUACCGGCAGGUGCAGCAAAAGUUUCUCGACGCCGUCGAGAGCAUGGACUCGGAGAACAUCAUACACAUCAUCAACCAGUACCCGUACCACGUCGAUUCGCUUAUCCAGCUGAGCGAGCUGUGCAAAAUGACGGACGAUCACGCGAUGGCAUCGGAACUGAUCGAACGCGCUCUGCUCGCCCUCGAGUCGUCCUUUCACACGAUGUUUAGCCUCACGCAAGGCAACUGCCGGUUGGACUAUCGGCGGCAGGAAAAUCGUGCCCUGUUCAUCACGCUCUUCAAACACUCGCAGCACCUAGAGUCGCGGGCAUGCUCACGGACCGCGCUGGAGGUGGCCAAACUGAUCCUCUCGUUCGAUCCCGUCAACGAUCCGCUGGCGAUGAUCCUGGUCGUGGACUAUUAUGCGAUACGGGCGAAACAGUACGAGUGGUUGGUGACGCUGUACGAAGAAUGGGACGCCACGAACAACUUGUCCCAGCUACCGAACAUGGCAUACUCGUACGCGAUGGCUCUGUUCCAUUUGAAGCGCCCGGAAGCGGCCGAUAAAGCGCUGCAGUACGCGCUGCUAAUGUUUCCGGGCGUUUUGCGUCCGCUGAUGGAUGAGCUGUCGAUACAGGCGGAUAGUCGGGUGGCCGGGCAUAACUACUUUGGGCCGGGAGCGUACAAUAAAUCGCUCGUAGCACUUCAGCAGCUGAUGUCGCUGUACGUUUGCCGGUCGAAGUUGGUGUGGCGCGAUGCGGAACUGUUGCCAUGGUUGGAGCGAAAUGUGAACGCGGUGCUGGAUCGGGUGGAUGCCAAAGAGGACGUUAUUGCAGAGUAUGCAACAAAGCGGAGUCAAAGGUAUGCGAAUCCACCGAGGCAAGUGCUGCGCCAUAUUGUGCUGUCGGAUUUCAAGGAAAAGGUGCCGCUGGCUCAGUUCAUAAAGAAGGAAAGUGAUCCGAUGCUGAUGUACGAUCCGCUGCCUCCGCUAGACUCCAUCAAUAUUUACUCCAGACCUACGGUAACGUCGAGCAACAGUCGCCUUUCGAACGAUCCGCUGCAUCUUUUCUUUCAAUCACUGCUUCCGAACUUUAACGCUCAAGCACCAUCUGCUCCAGCUCCGGCUGCUGCCCAACAACCACAACCGGCGCAACAGGCUAAUAAUGCUGUUGCUGCAGGUGCCGCUGCUGCCGGUCCCGCUGCUGCACCCGCUGGUGGUGCUGCUGCCGCCGCCGCCGCCGGUGCCCCUGACUGGGAUCUGGGAAGCAUGGGCGCAUACAGCACCACGCUCGUCACGAUCGUGGAAGCGAUGCGCGAGUUCCUGUCCGGCAUUCGUGCGCUCGAGCGACCAAACGAUGCGGACGUGGACGAGGCGGAAAGCAGCGAAGAGGACGAACCGAACGAUUUUCUGAUGUAAUGGCUGCCCGUUAAAGUGACCCAAAUCCAAACAGAACUGCUGAAAUGCUUAAAUCUUAUUCAUAUAUAUAUAUAUCUCUAAAACAAAGCAACACGAAGCAAAACAUAAAAUAUUGAUGCGCUGUGGGAAAAAGGCAACGCGGCCGAUAAAGUUAGUCAUUAGUCAAUAGUUUCCGAUCUAUGUGUAUGUAUGUAUGUAUGCGCUCGCUGCCUCCAUUUUUUGUUUUCGUUUGGGUUAGGUGUAUUUGUGGCAGAGAUUGUGUGGUUUCGAGCUGAAUCCGCUUUACGUGCGGUGAUUAGUUUGUAAGGGCUUAAGGGCGCAAUAAGCUCUGCUGAAUUAAUGUUCGAUUGUGGAUUCGCCUGGAUAAUGUAAUGUGUUUUGCAAAACGCUAGAGUUUGUUGUUGUUCCGCGUGCUUAAACAUGAUUAUCAUUCAUUCGGCGGCGGUCGGAAGAUUCGCUCGCAUCUUGCUACACUUUCCUCCUUCAACACUGGUGACACUUGUUGAUUUUACUACUUUACUCGCUCAUGCUGGUGAUGGGGGCUUAAAUUAGCGUACGUAAACCAUUCAAAUCGUUGGUCUGUAAUGUGGCUACCGUUUUGGCCACCACUAAGGGCAAAGAAUCCGACAUGAGGCGCAUUUAACACAUUUGGUUGUUUUACUAAAUACAAAAUUUAAAGUGUAUUGCUUCCCUCAACUACACAACGAGUUGUUUGUUGCGUUGAAUCGAUCUACCUUCCGCUUAAUGCUCUCAGCAAACCUUACAGUGGUUAUCCCCACUGUACUGCGAGGGUAAAUAAAAGAGACUGCACUUCUCAUGUCCCCGUAUCUUUUUGGUAUAAAAAAACCCAACAACAUCUAUCAAAGUUGCGCGUGUGCGUGUGCGUGUGUAUGUUAAAUUAAAUAAACACAGCAAACAAUAGUAAUCGGAAGCAGAAACAUAAAAUCUUGCAAAAUAAAUCAUAUUUUCUUGCUAAACAAGUGUGUA